AACUUGGACAGCCAAUGAAAGCACUUCCUCUGCAGACCUCUCAGCCGGCUUCCAGGUGUUCCUGGCCGCGGUCCUAGUAGCUGGGGAACCAUGGACAUUGAAGCGUACUUUGAACGAAUUGGUUAUCAGAACUCCAGGAACAAACUGGACUUGCAGACAUUAACUGAAAUCCUUCAGCACCAGAUACGAGCUGUUCCCUUUGAGAACUUGAACAUCCAUUGCGGGGAACCCAUGGAGCUGAGCUUAGAAGCCAUCUUUGAUCAAAUUGUGAGGAAGAAGAGGGGUGGGUGGUGUCUCCAGGUCAAUCAUCUCCUGUACUGGGCUCUGACUAAAAUGGGCUUUGAAACCACGAUGUUGGGAGGCUACGUCUUUAACGCUCCAGCUAAUAAAUACAGCACUGGUAUGAUUCACCUUCUGGUCCAGGUGACCAUCAGUGAUAGGAUCUACAUUGUUGAUGCUGGAUUUGGACGUUCUUACCAGAUGUGGGAACCUCUAGAAUUAGCAUCCGGGAAGGAUCAGCCUCAGGUGCCUGCCAUCUUCCGUUUGACAGAAGAGAAUGGAACCUGGUACUUGGACCAAAUCAGAAGAGAGCAGUAUAUUCCAAACCAAGAAUUUCUUAACUCCGACCUCCUUGAGAAGAACGAAUAUCGGAAAAUCUACUCUUUCACCCUGGAGCCGCGCACUAUUGAGGACUUCGAGUCCAUGAAUAUCUACCUUCAGACGUCGCCAGCAUCUGUGUUUACAAGCAAGUCCUUUUGUUCCUUGCAGACCCCAGAGGGGGUUCACUGUUUGGUGGGCUCCACCCUCACCUAUAGGAGAUUCAGUUAUAAGGACAAUAUAGAUCUUGUAGAAUUUAAGAGUCUGAAGGAGGAAGAGAUAGACGAUGUACUGAAAACUAUAUUUGGCAUUUCUUUAGAGAAAAAACUUGUGCCCAAGCAUGGUGAUAGAUUUUUUACCAUUUAGAAUAAGCAGCAGUAAAAAUUUGUGGUGUCACUCUGUGUACUUGAACAUUUAAUGAUAAAUUUCAAACAGACAUGCAGUACAUGUAAUCACCUGAGUCUUUCUGCAUCCAUCCCCCAGCUUCUCAGUUAUCGGUAACUAACAAUCUGUUGUAUCCUCUCUACUUCUGUGUUUUAACUAGCAACAAUUGUGCCUUAGAUAAACCUCAUUGCCUGCCACUGUGCAAGGCUCUACUCCUGUAUCCUAAUGGAAGAAAACCCUAGACAUGUCAUCCAUAAAACAUCAGCACUUCUGGUUGCAUGACUUUUGAAUGAAACAGAGCUAGAAAUCAGCCAUUCAAAGAGCACUUUACUGUUGACAUGAACAUACUGGUGACCAUGCUGAUGUGUGCUAGAGAGUUCUUGACAUUGCUUAUUGCUAAUUCACAUGGAAUUUGUGCUAAUAGCUCAAUAAAAAGAGUAGUGAGAAAAGCAUUGCUGUUAAAUUCGAACAGCAUGUAUCCAAUAUCUAAUUUUUAUGAGAUGUUACCUUAUAAUUUAGGAUUUGGAUGCAGCAAAGAAGAAUGGGUGCUAAUGUUGGUUCCAAAUAUAUUUAAGACUAUAUAGUCUAUCAAUAUAUGACUUCCACCAACACCUAGAGAGAUAUGAUUAGGACCCAAGAGAACCAGUCACACAGCUAAAAAUUUCUUUCUGUGUUGUAUUUGUAUCCAGUCCUUUUUAUAUGAUUUUUCUUACUAUGGGAACAAAUAACGAUAUUUAGAAAUUUCAGCUUCUGGAUUUUUGAAAUGUAUGACUAAAAUAAUUAAUAUAAACGAUGUAAUAUAUAUCUAAAACAUUUGCAAAGAGGUCUAUUAAAACACGUUGACUAAUGUGGUGUAAAUGGAGGGCUUCGUCUGGAGGAGCAGGGAUACAAUGGACAUGGUGUCUUCUCCAGAGGAGUCUUCUCUUUAUUUUCCUCCUCAAUCAUGCUGAUACUCUUUACUGCUGAUUUGACUAGAUUUGUGAUCACAUAGAGGAAUUUUAGGCUCUCCUGUGAAUAUUUUUAGAAACAUUUAACUGAAGAGGAAAGACCCAG